AUGGCCUCGUUGGCGCUGCUUGUCGAAAGCAGCAGCAGCCUGGUUUCCUCGGCCGACGAAUCGUCCAACCUCGCGUCAUCCAGCUCGACUCCUCCCACGACCGUCACCGACAGCGAUUCCCUGCACUCAGACUCCAAAGAUGUCAUCGCCGUGAUUGACGACUCGACCGUUGUCGCCGUCGCUCCUCCACCGCUGCCUGUGGCCCAAGUGCCGUCGCCGCGACGCCCGCAGAGGGCACGUGCCAGCCUGCCCGUCUACAACCUCGCGAAGCUCAGCGGCACGGCUGCGCAUGGCAAGAGGAGAAGCAAAGGCGACGUCGUGGCCGAUCGCCGCAGACGGCGCACCAUUGCGGGCGCCACGCUGACCGCUGGCGACGCCGACGUCGGGGCCGCGCUGGCCUCGACCAUUGACGCGUUGAGCCUCGCCGCUGCAGUCGCCUCCAAGAGGACGCCGCGCGCACAGCGCCUGGCGCGACCCUCGCCGCGCUCGCUGCGAUCCGUGGCGCGUCUCGGCACUCCAGCCGCCGGCGAUGUCGUCGACUCGCCCGUCUCGUCCGCCGCCUCCAAGCUCGCCGCGAUUGUCACCAAGCGAGGGCGCAAGCCCGUCGGCAAAACCGGCGUCAAGCUGUCCCGCGAGCUGCGCCGCCUGCAGGACACCAAGGAGUUCAGCCACAUCGACGACCGGCCUGUCCUGCACAGCGUCUGGUCCAAUGGCAAAUACAUCGACCCCAACCAGCCCGUCGAGCGCCGGCGGGCGCGCAAGAAUGCGAAAGUCGACCACUCCGAGAUCGAGGUCAAGCAGGAGGAGCCGGAGGAGCCUGUGCCUCAGUUUAAGAAGCCUCGAGUCAAAAAGUACAUGGACCACGGUCUCUAUUCCGGCCAGGACAUGCCCAAGGACAUGGUCCGGGGACUGACAGCCGCCGAGAAGAAGCAGCUGGCGCAACUGCCUGAGCUGCUGCCCUGCAAGGAGAACAAAGUCAUGCCCGCGCCCAUCUUUGGCGGCUUCCGUACCCUGCUGGCUGGCCGCGACUUCAAGCUGCCAUUCCACGUGUGCCAUCCGCUACCGCCAGGCCAACCCAAGCCCGACGAGUGGAAGAAGAUGACCAAGAACCGGUUCAUCGGCGAAUCCAAGGAAAUCUGGAAGAAGAUGCCACACAUUCUCGAUUAUCAGUCCAAGUGUGUGUGUAACCCAGAAGACGGAUGCAGCGAGAGCUGCCAGAACCGAAUCAUGCUUUACGAAUGCGACGAAACAAACUGCAAUAUCGGCAAGGCCUUUUGCACGAACCGAGCAUUUGCUAACCUCACGGCUCGGCGAGCUAGAGGCGGCAAGUACCGCGUUGGAGUCGAGGUGAUCAAGACGUCUGACCGAGGCUACGGCGUCCGCAGCAACCGCUGCUUCAGGCCUCACCAAAUCAUCAUGGAGUAUGCGGGUGAGAUUAUUACUGAAGAGGAAUGCGAACGACGAAUGAAUGAAGUUUACAAGGAUAAUGAGUGCUACUAUUUAAUGAGCUUUGACCAAAACAUGAUAAUUGAUGCUACGACGGGCAGUAUUGCUCGAUUUGUAAAUCAUAGCUGCAACCCCAACUGCCGUAUGAUCAAAUGGAUCGUCUCAGGGCAGCCUAGGAUGGCUCUUUUCGCUGGCGACAAGCCCAUCAUGACUGGCGACGAGCUCACGUAUGACUACAACUUUGAUCCCUUCUCAGCAAAGAACGUGCAAAAGUGUCUGUGUGGACAGCCCAAUUGCCGAGGAGUGCUGGGGCCCAAACCCAAGGGAGUCAAGCCUCCGCCCAAAGAGAUUAUUGCAAAGGGGAAAGGCAAAGGUAAAGGCCGAGGAGGGAAGCGCAAGUUCAAGGACCUGUCAGGAAACGAGGAGAACCAGGACCCCAACAACAAGGCGAAGAAGCGCAAGACUCUGGACAAGCCAAAGCCUAUCAGGACACUCAAAGCUGUCAAGGCAUUGAAGCCCGUCAAAGGCCCAAGGGUCAAAAAGGCGUUGAAGCCAGCCAAGGCCGCGAAGCCCGGCAAGACUCUGAAAUCCAUCAAGGUGGUAAAACCAAAAGUCGCCAAAGCUACCAAGGUUGCCAAGAUUGCCAAGAUUGACAAGGCUACAAAACCCAGAAAGUCCCUUCAGCCUGCAAAGACGACCAAGAGGCCAUACAAAAAGGUCAGCAUCAAGCUAGUUAAGAACACGGCAACGACCAAAGGCGCACGAAAGCAGCGAGAAAGCACCACCAUCACCGUCAGCGGAGCAGCUUCUGGGAUUUCCGUCUCAGUAUAA